UGUGACCCAAUGGCAUGGCACCAUGCCGCGUAUGCCGCGUGAAACCACUGGCAGUGAAGAAGCUGCGAGUCGAAGUCCAAGAUGCUCUGGUCGAGAGAGAUCUGCGGACGAAGAGCCGCCAGAAUCGACUCUGAAGAUAGAGGAGUUCACAGUGUCGUGGCAGCGGCCAGGAGUUCCCUGCUGGGAAAAUGAAGCCUUCAAGAUCUUCCAGAGAGCUGGCUUCGUGAUCGUGAACGACGUCUUGACAGAUGAUCAAUCUGAGAAAGUUCUGAAGACCUGCGAAGACGUCGCCCGGCAGAUCAUAGAGAUAGACCCCAGGGGAAAUCGAGCAAAGGGCCGCUACAGCAUCGGUACAGCUUUCUCAAGUGGAUCCAGUUUGCAUCUUCCUGAAUUCUCGGAACACCUGUUGGGUGCAGGAGUGAUCCUAGAGCCACUGCUAUGCAAAAUCUUCCACAAAGAUGGCAAGGCCGAUUUCCAGUGCUACAGUGGCGGCGGAGAUUUCGUCGUGCCUGGUGUGGAGGAAUAUCAGCCCCUACAUGGUGACAUUGAGAUGAAGUUUCACGAUGAGAAGAUGCCUCCGCCCUUCGUCUCAGUCAACUUCUGCGUUCAACCUCUGACAACUUGGAACGGCCCCAUUCGCAUGGUGCCGGGAAAGACCAGACUGGACUGGGAUGGCAGAACAGAGCCCAUUGAGUGGCGCCACUCUCGGCUCUGUCCAGUGCCAGUGGGCGCGGCGUUGCUUCGCGACGUGCGGAUUCUCCACGGAGGAACUCCAAACCUGUCGAACAAGAUUCGAUUUCUGCCAAGCGUGGAGUUUGUGUCGGAAGCUUUCCAAAUCCAGUAUCCUGAAUGGUGGCCACCUGUCCGCUGCAUCACCCAACGUACUUACGACGCUUUGGACAAGACGGUGCAACGACGCUGCAAAGGACUGGUGGCAGAUGAUGGCGCUGACGUCGAAAACGUGAAGAUUGACUUCGAGUUUGAGCAACGGGGUAAGGAACCUGGCUCUUUGGCAGUCUCCCUUCCGACGUCGGAGCCGGAGCUUCCAGCACCGGAGCUGCUGGCGACGGAACAGGACGAUGGACCCACUGAAGACUCCCGAACGGUGGAAGAGAUUGAGGAGAAAGGCAGCGAAGCUUCCCCCGAGGGACGCACUGAGUUCUUCUGA